AUGAAGUUUCUUUUCUUUAGCUUAUCUUUUCCUUUAUUCUUUUGCAUGUGUUGCUUUUGUUUUUCCUCUUAUUAUAUUUUUUGCCCUUGUGUUGUUUGCGAAAUUCCACUAGAUUUGGAAGGAGACAGCGACUUAUUGCGGCGGUGCUACGGAUGGGAUGGACGAGUUAACGGAAUACAUGAUGAGAGUAUAAUGAAGAAAGAGGCAACAGAAGGGUGUUUUUUUUCGCUUUUUUUUCUUAUUUGUUUGUUCUCUCCACUUGAAUGA